AUCCAAUCUCUUGAGACGAUGCCAAUAAUGAAAACCUAUCACUAAUCCCCACCACACAAACACAAAAAAAAAAAAAAGGAUAAUUGAUUUCAUUUCCCCCAAUUAAACAAACCCUCGUCCUGCUCUGCUUAUCCUUCUUCUUCGUCCAGACACAAAACACAAAUUAAUGGCGGCUGAAUAUUCCGGCAGCCGAAGUUCCAACACACAGCUUCUGGCUGAACUGGAAGCCCUAAGUGAAAAUCUUUACCAGAAACCCCAGGCACCAGUUGGUCGCAGAACUAAUUCUCUCGCUCUCCCACGCAGCUCCGUACCGUCCCUCGUGACCUCUGCUGAGGAUGUGACAGUACCAAAACCACGGUCUCGGCGUUUGUCUCUGUCUCCAUGGCGGUCGAGACCCAAGCUUGAGGCAGAGGAGGAAGAGAAUACGACUCAGAACGUAACCAUCAAGACACCGGAAGAGUCUUCUUCAUUGGUGGGAUCCAAACCCAAGGAAGAGAGAAAAGGGAUAUGGAACUGGAAACCCAUUCGAGGGCUGGCCCGAAUCGGAAUGCAGAAGCUGAGCUGUUUGCUAUCGGUAGAGAUCGUGGCGGCACAGAAUCUACCCGCGUCGAUGAACGGUCUACGUCUCGGGGUUUGCGUGAGGAAGAAGGAAACCAAAGAUGGCGCUGUCCAGACGAUGCCGUGUCGCGUUUCUCAAGGAUCCGCGGAUUUCGAGGAGACUCUGUUCAUCAAGUGCCACGUGUACUACUCGCCGGCUAAUGGGAAAGGCGCUCCGGCGAAGUUUGAGGCUCGGCCGUUUUUGGUUUAUCUUUUCGCGGUGGAUGCUAAGGAGCUCGAGUUCGGGAGACACGUGGUGGACUUGAGCGAUUUAAUCGAGGAGUCUGUGGAGAAGAUGAGUUACGAAGGAGCUAGGGUUAGGCAAUGGGAUAUGAGUUGGGGGCUUUCUGGUAAAGCCAAAGGGGGUGAACUGGUUCUAAAACUAGGGUUUCAGAUCAUGGAAAAAGAUGGUGGAGCUGGAAUUUACGGUAAACAAGGUGAAUUAGGGAUAAAACCGAGCAGCAGACCGAAGAAUUUCUCCGGUUCCUUUGGGCGAAAGCAAUCGAAAACUUCGUUCAGUGUCUCGAGCCCGAAGAUGACUAGCAAGAGCCAGGCGUGGACGCCAGCAAGUGGCGGCGUGGAGUCUGCAUCUGAUCUUCAGAGAAUCGAGCAUCUGAAUCUGGAUGAGCCGGAGGAGAAACCAGCUCCGGCUCAUCCAGAUUCCAAAAAAGAAGAUGAUCAAGAACCUGAUUUUGAGGUUGUUGACAAAGGAGAAGAUCAAGAACCUGAAUUUGAAGUUGUGGACAAAGGAGUCGAGUUUGAUGACGACCUGGAAACUGAGAAAUCCGAUGGAACCAUAUCCGUAGUAGAGAUGAAGGAGCAACCUGUUAAUGUUGAUGAUCCACGGCACAUUGUAAGACUAUCGGAGUUAGAUUCUAUUGCAAAGCAGAUCAAAGCGCUUGAAACUAUGAUGAAAGAUGAUAGCAACGGUGGUGCGGAAGGUGAGGCAGAGUCACCAAGGCUCGAUGAAGAGGAGCAGACUGUGACAAAGGAGUUCCUUCAGUUACUUGAGGAUGAAGAAUCCGAGAAUCUCAAAUUCUACCAGCACAAAAUGGAGAUCUCCGAGCUGCGGUCUGGUGAAUCAGUAGACGAAGAAUCUGAGAAUUACCUCUCGGAUCUUGGGAAAGGCAUCGGAUGUGUUGUUCAGACAAGGGACGGUGGAUACUUGGUUUCUAUGAACCCUUUUGAUACGGUGGUCAUGAGGAAGGACACUCCUAAGCUCGUAAUGCAAAUCUCGAGACAGAUUGUGGUACUGCCUGAAGCCGGAUCGGCGACUGGAUUCGAACUGUUUCAUAGAAUGGCGGGUUCGGGUAAGGAACUUGACGCAAAGAUAUGUUCCCUUAUGGCGAUGGACGAGCUCAUGGGGAAAACAGGGGAACAAGUGGCUUUCGAAGGUAUAGCGUCAGCGAUCAUACAAGGGAGGAACAAAGAGCGAGCGAACACAAGCGCAGCGCGAACUGUUGCAGCUGUUAAAACGAUGGCUAACGCUAUGAACAGCGGAAGAAGAGAGAGGAUAAUGACAGGAAUCUGGAACGUGGAGGAGAAUCCAUUGGCUUCAGCAGAGGAGGUUUUAGCUGUUUCUUUACAGAAACUUGAAGAAAUGGUGAUUGAA